AUGGCCAGUGAGGAAGUGUUGGAGGACUGGCAAGGGGACCAGUGCCUGGACCCCGCUGUGCUCGCCGAGCAGGGUGACACCGAUCCUUCGAGUGAUCCCGGUGGGCUGUCGGUGCUCCAGCAGCUCGGCCUGGACCAGAGCUCAGACUUCUCGGACUCCAGCGUGCAGCAGCGCCUGGACGAGCACCGCGAGAGGAUCCGCAGGGAGAUCCGCAGGGAGCUGAAGAUCAAGGAGGGCGCGGAGAACCUGCGCCGAGCCACCACCGACAAGAGGAACGCCCAGCAGGUGGACUCCCAGCUCCGCAGCUCCAAGCGCAAGCUGGAGUCCCUCCACACGCAGCUGCAGGAACUGGAUGCACACAUUGUGGUCAAGGGCCAUGACGACAACAAAGAUACGCCUUUGUCUCCGGGGACGGUCAGUCAGACGUCGGCCAACGAGCACCGCAUCGCUGCCUUGGAGCGGCAGCUGAACAUCGAGCUGAAGGUCAAACAGGGAGCGGAGAACAUGAUUCCCAUUUACGCCAAUGGGGGUACCAAGGACAAGAAGCUUCUCCAGACAGCUCAGCAGAUGCUGCAGGACAGCAAGACCAAGAUCGACAUCAUUCGCAUGCAGAUCCGAAAGGCCAGGCAGGCCACGGAGCAAUCUGAGGACAGCCAAGGUAAGCCGGACCUGUGUGGGGUGGAGCUGCGUGUGGAGGAGCUGUGGCACCACUACCGCGUGGAGCACGCCAUGGCUGAGGGAGCCAAGAACAUGCUGCGACUUCUGGGUGCCGGAAAAGUCCAGGACAAGAAGGCCAUGGCGGAGGCUCAGUGUGGCCUCAGUGAGUCGUCCCAGCGUCUGGACCUGCUGCGGGGCUCUCUGGAGCAGCGGCUGCAGGACCUGCCGGAGGAUCACCCCAAGGCCUGCCUCAUCAAGGAGGAGCUGGUCCUGGCCUCCUCCUCAGCCUUCAGCGCCCGUCACGGCACCCCCUAUGUCCACAACCAGUACAGCACCCUCAGUAAACCCUCGCCGCUCACAGGCACUCUGCAGGUGCGUUUGCUGGGUUGUGUGGGGCUGCUGGAGGUCGUGCCUGGGAGGAGUCGAGGGACGCCAGUGGUUCUCCCCUCUUACUCUCUGAGUGAUGGACGCUCCUCCUUCAAACUGAGCGGCCUCUACAGCCGCAGCACCAGCAGCAUGAGCCUCAAGAUCCCCGGCAAGACCGAUGAACUCUCAACGGAGGUGAGCGCGGUGCUGAAGCUGGAGAAUACAGUGGUGGGCCAGACAGGUUGGAAAACAGUGGGAGAGCAGGCCUGGGACCAGACCUUCACUGUAGAGCUGGAGCGAUCCAGGGAGAUGGAGAUAGCGGUCUACUGGAGAGAUUACCGCUCCCUGUGCGCGCUCAAGUACCUGAAGCUGGAGGAGUUCCUGGACAACCAGAGACACAGAGUCCAGCUGGAACUGGAGCCACAGGGGCUGCUGCUGGCUGAGGUGACCUUCUUCAACCCCGUCAUAGAGCGCGGCCCGAGGCUGCAGAGGCAAAAGAAAGUUUUCUCCAAGCAGCACGGCAAGGCCUUCCUGCGUGCUCGCCAGAUGAACGUGGACAUCGCCACCUGGGUGCGCCUGCUGAGGAACGCCAUUCCCAGCGGAAACAACACCCCGGCCUACACGCCCAGCUUCACAAGCAACACGCUCACCAGCAGCCCAGGAGAGAUCUCAGUGGAGAAGCUGAGCCUGGACAGCGACUCUCCUGCCAAAGCUGAGAUCAAGAGGGAUGUGGUGGAUGCACCCGCUCCGGAGCAGAUGCCAGUAAUUGAGCCCCCGUCCCCACCGGAUACCCGCGCACACGAGCAGCCAACCAGAUCGCCGUCCCAGAACUCCAUUCGCUUACUGAGCAGAGGUCCUCUGUGCCUGCAGGACUUCAAAAUGAUAGCGGUGCUCGGCAGGGGCCACUUUGGGAAGGUGUUGCUGUCGGAGUACAAGAAGACGGGCAGCAUGUACGCCAUCAAAGCCCUGAAGAAGGGAGACAUUGUAGCACGAGAUGAAGUGGAGAGCCUGAUGUGUGAGAAGCGAAUCUUUGAGACUGUCAACGGCUCCCACCACCCGUUCCUGGUCAACCUGUUUGCGUGUUUCCAGACGCCAGAGCACGUGUGUUUCGUCAUGGAGUACACGGCAGGAGGAGACCUCAUGAUGCACAUACACGCUGACGUCUUCACCGAGCCGCGUGCUGGGUUCUACUCAGCUUGUGUGGUCUUGGGUCUGCAGUUCCUCCAUGACCAUAAGAUUGUGUAUCGGGAUCUUAAAUUGGACAACCUCCUGCUCGACACAGAGGGCUUUGUGAAAAUUGCAGAUUUUGGGCUCUGUAAAGAAGGUAUGGGCUAUGGAGACAGGACCAGUACGUUCUGUGGUACGCCAGAGUUUUUGGCCCCAGAGGUGCUGACAGACACGUCCUACACUCGAGCCGUGGACUGGUGGGGACUGGGGGUGCUCAUCUAUGAGAUGUUGGUGGGAGAGUCUCCGUUCCCGGGUGAUGAUGAGGAGGAGGUUUUUGACAGUAUAGUGAACGACGAGGUGCGCUACCCACGUUUCCUCUCCACCGAGGCCAUCGGCAUCAUGAGGCGGCUGCUGAGAAGGAAUCCUGAACGACGCCUGGGCUCCGGAGAGAAAGACGCAGAAGAUGUCAAAAAGCAACCUUUCUUCCGGGGUAUGGACUGGGAAGCACUUCUUCAGAGGAAGAUCCCGCCGCCGUUUGUCCCGACCAUCGGCGGCAAAGAGGAUGUCAGCAACUUUGACGAGGAGUUCACAGCCGAGGCCCCCACCCUCACGCCGCCCCGCGAGCGCCGCACGCUCUCCCGCAAAGAGCAGGACCACUUCAAAGACUUCGACUACAUCUCUGACCUCUGCUAGGGCCAGGAAGCCAGGGGGGUCAAGGGGGUCUCUUAACUGUCCACUGCCAGCCCCAGGCUCUGAGCGGAGACUGGAAACUGAAGGCUGACUCCUGCUGUACCGUAAAAAAAAAGGGGGGGAGAGAGGACUUUACGAUCGGAGGCGAGGAUCACCCUUUAUUCUGUCCUGUUUCUCUCUCUCUCUCUCUCUCUCUCUCUCUCUCUCUCUCAGUCUGUCUGUGCUCUGAGAUGAAAUACUAGCUGGUCUGAGUGUAUCGGGAUGAGGAUCAGUGGAAUCUGAUAGCGUGUUGCACACAUACACGGUGUCACAGAUCUUCUGACCUCCAAUGCAUCUGGAGUGGCUUUUAGAAGAGGAGGAGGAGGAGGAGGAGGAGGGGGGAUAUGAUGAAGAUAAUCCAGAUUAUGUAACACUUGGAACAUGGGGGAUGAUGGAUCCCGAUGUCUGCACGGUAAUGCAACACACUGAACAGUGUGCAGGAGUGAGUGGUUACACCGAAAAAAAAACAAAAAAACAACUAAAUUUGCAGGGUUGGCAAAAUUUAAAACUACGGCAACUGAGACUGAGAGGACGCGUUCUGAUGGUCUCUACAACGCCCCUCCCCCCUCCCCGCCUUCACUCUGCUCUGUUGUCCCAUAUCUAAACUGUUUGUCGCUGCUAACUGUGUGUCUCGCUGUGUAAGGCGACCCCGCCUCCAUCACGAAUGCAUCCAUGUCCGUUGCAGACAUGCACCGCUUGUAUAUUGACACUUGGGGGCGCCAGAGGAAAGAUAGAAAUAUAUUUGGCAGAUGAGUGCCCAUGAACUGCAGAGAGAGAGAGAGAGAGAGAGUAAGAGAGACGGGUGUGGGGGUGGGUGGGGGUUGUUGUUUGUGUGUCUGUGCUGCGUCUUACAUAGGCCACCUCCUCAUCGUCUUCUCUUGUCCGCCGUCUUUCGGUACAACAACAAACUACAAUCAUUUUUUUUUUUUUUUUGACUGUUCAGCCGCUUUUACAAACUUGUUUUUUUGUGAUUUAUAUUUUUUCCCCUCCUGUGUUUCCUCCUCUGUCACUUGUCAGUCAUGCUGGUGAACUGUGUUGGAACUGUGACUCAGUAAAGAUGUGAAUCUAAUGGA